AGUCGGGCCGGCACCGUCGGCCGAGUCGCAGGUGCUGUGGCACAAGUGUGGUACUUAAAUAGCGCAGAUCGGCCGGCGCGGUGGUCACGACAGUCGGUGGCAGAGCCCGGCCCGUGCUGCUGACAGUGGCAGAGACACCGGAACAAAGAUCGGAGACGGAGACGCGCAGACGGAACGGAGACUGAGACUGAGGCAGAGUCAUAAAGACGAACAGGCGGGAAGACGUAAGUAGAGAAGAAUACUUAGACGGACAACAAUAGACGGACAGCUAAGCGGAAAGGCGGUAUCGUCGGCGGUGUAGUGAGCUUCUGUAUACCAUGGAGAGCUGCCGACGCUGGUUCGAAGAGCGGCUGAGCGGCUGCUGAGCGCUGCGUGAGCUGCCGACGGCGGGUGCCGCCGGUGCCAAACACUGUCUGUGCGCGGCGCACCUACCCUGCCACGGGCCGGCCGACGGCGCUGUCAGCGGCGCAGUCUGGCAGCGGGUGACGAGGUAGGCGGAGGGCGGGCAGUGUGAGGGCGAUCCGAGAAACGAGCUGGCCCAGCUGCAGUGAGGCGGUGAACGGAGUCACACCAGAUACAGUGACCCAGAGAGCAGGAUUUGUCACCUGUAGUGACUCGCGGAAAUUAUUCGUGAUAAUUACUUUAUGCAUGAUAGAACCGCGCCACAAGGUGUGCGAGUGCUGAGUUAGUUCAGGUGAUAGGUACCGUGUUACCACUGAAGUGGUAGAAAAAAGUGUCUAAAGUGAUUUCGUUUGUCAGUGAUGUCUCACAGCGCUCAUGCUGACGGAGCAAAGUGAAGUGAGCGUCUCAGUGACAGCUUCGGUCGAACUCGAGCGGGGUACUUUCCAGUGACUGAGCAUGAGCGACCGGCCCAGAAAAUCCGGCCACAGCUCCAGUGAAAGGAAGGGAAGCAUUCACCAGAUCAGGAACCUGAAGCUGGAGGAGGUGAAGCUGGAGGAGCAGUAUGAGGUGCUGCAGACUCUCUGCGAGGUGUGGUCCGGCCGUAUUUUGCUGGCUGAACACCGCGCCAGCCGACACGAGGUCAUCCUCAAGGCGCUUCACAAGGUGGCCACCAGCCGGGCCGACUUUCUGCGCGAGUUCCACUACAGUUACUUCCUGAGUCCCCACCGGAGCAUCGUGACCACGUACGACGUGGCGUUCAGUACGUCCGACAUGUUCGUGUUCGCCGAGGAGUACGCUCAGUUCGGCGACCUGGCCUGCUACGUCUCCAACGGCGGCAUCGGCGAGCGCAACACCAAGCUGCUGGCGCCUCAGCUGGUCGCUGCGCUCGACUUCAUGCACAGCAAGAGCCUGGUGCACCGCAACGUGCGGCUCGACAACAUCCUGGUCUUCAAGAGCGACCUGUCGCGCGUCAAGCUGGCCGACUUUGACCAGACGCGGCCGGUGGGCUGGCGCGCCCGGCGCGGCGACGAGUGGGCGCCGUACGCGCCGCCCGAGGUGGUCAGCCAGCCGCGCGGCGAGCUGUACACGGUGGCGGCCGCGCACGACACCUGGCAGCUGGCCGUGGUGCUAGUGGUGUGUCUGACCGGUGCCCUGCCCUGGCAGCGCGCCGACAAGACCGACGCCCGGUACGCGGCCUUCUGCCAGUGGCGCGGCUACCGGGCGCUGCGCGCUCCGCACCGGUUCGGCGAGUUCUCGCUCCGGCUGCAGGGCCUGCUGCGGCGGCUGUUCGAGCCGCGCGCGCGCCGCCGCUGCGCCGUCACCGAGAUCGGCCGCCACCUGGGCCACCGCUGGACGGCCCGCUCGGCCUCGGCCGCCGCCGGUGACGGCGUGGACGCCGGCGACGCCACCUCGGUCUGCUACUCGACGUGGUCGGUGCACUCGUGUCAGCAGCAGAAGAACGCCGUGCUGGCGCCGCUGCGCGCCCUCGGACUGGAGACGGUCGUCGAUCACGACGCCAAGCGGCAGCGGCUGCGGGACUGGGUGGCGCUGACGGCGCGCGGGCCCGCCCUCGAGGAGGGUGAGCCGGAGCUGACGGAGGGCCGCGGCGGCGGGAGCCAGAGCUCGGCGGCGUCGGCGGCCUCCUGUCCGCGGCACAGUCCGGCCGGCUCGCUGGCCGAGGAGGACGCCGAGUAGACCCUGAACUGUCGGGUGAACUGGCGUGGUAGAGAGCUCCGACUCCAACGACUGGACUCGGCCAGACUCGUGCGCUAUCCAAGUGGUAUACGAUCAAAAAGGUCACGAUCAAAAUGGUACUCGAUCAAAAUGGUAGACAUACGAUCAAAAUGAUAGAUAAACGAUCAAAAUUAAAUAGCGUACUUUUACAACAACAAGUACGUGUUGACCAAUGCUGUGCACUGGCAGAUGAUUGUAGAUUAUUUACCAAGUCUCGCCGUGGCGAAACUCCUAAAACGUUUGUAUCACGGUGAGGCUAAAUAUCCCGUGUCUGUGCAGUGUGAGCGCAUGUCGAUGCCGCUAUCGUUGCUCUGUUGUGACUGUUCGCUGCAUGAUUGCUUCGUAUGACUGCAACUGCCAGCCGCCAGAAGCUGAGAUGAAGCGACUGCCUCUUGGUGUGCCUGGACACAAUCGGUGGCUUUGGACCUGGGCCGCCGUCUGCGGUUCAUGUUCCAUGUAACGAGCAUCACCUAUUUACCGCGUGCAUGUCUUCCUCGCAUUAUUUUUGUGCCAGACCAAUCGGAUUGAUCCUCACACAUGUCAUAAGUGAACGGUGUGACAUUUGAUAUACCGAAAUAAAUGAUAUUCAUUGUUA